AUCAAAAUUGAAAUAGAGUAAACAUUUUGACCCCAAACUAGGAAAAAGAAAGGAUUUGGGCGAAUAAUUCAAUGCAUAUAAUUAAAAGAGGCACAUUUUAAAACAAAGCAAAUUCUUGGUUAUAAAAGUAAAUGUCACAGCACUGUGUAUUAGUAUACCAACCUUCUUUGCAACUUAGCUUUUAGCAAUGGCGGAAAUAGAACAUGAUUUUUUCCCAUUGAUGAGAGUUCACAAAGAUGGUCGAAUAGAGAGGCUGGCGGGCGAAGUUUUUGUCCCACCUGAAUCUGAUCCUGAAACCGGAGUACAAAUCAAAGACGUUCAAAUUGAUCCACAAAUUAACCUAUCAGCAAGACUUUACCUGCCCAAAAAUGUAGACCCGGUUCAGAAAAUUCCCCUUUUCGUCUACUUUCACGGCGGUGGCUUUGUUAUCGAAUCUGCUUUUUCACCUACCUAUCACAAAUAUCUAAGCCUGGUAGCAGCUAAAACAAAAGUCGCCAUCAUCUCAGUUAACUAUAGGUUAGCUCCUGAGUACCCGUUACCCAUAGCUUAUGAAGAUUCAUGGCUAGCUCUCAAAUGGGUCACUUCACAUGCCAAUGGUGAUGGUCGUGAACCAUGGUUAAAAGACAAUGCCGAUUUCAAUCGUGUCUAUUUGGGCGGAGAUAGCGCGGGUGGUAACAUCGCACACCAUAUAGCCAUUCGGGUCGGGUUGGAAAAGUUGGAUAGAGUGAAAAUUGAUGGGAUUUUCCUUGCCUGUCCAUCUUUCUGGGGGAAGGAUCCGAUUGACGGUGAGGGGGAAAUCGUGGGUGCCAAGGAUUUCGUUGAGAAGCUAUGGUUGUUUGCGAAUCCGAAUAGCUCGGGAUUAGAUGACCCGUUGAUUAACCCGGAAAAGGAUCCGAAUCUGUCUAGAUUAGGAUGUGAUAAAGUAGUUGUAUAUGUGGCCGGAAAAGAUCUCUUGAGAUUCAGGGGAUUAUACUAUAAGGAGGUGUUGGAGAAGAGUGGGUGGCCGGGGACGGUGGAGGUUGUGGAAGUUAAAGAUGAAGAACAUGUAUUUCACCUGACUGCUACAGAAACUGAAAAUGCCAUGGCCAUGAUGAAAAAAUUGGUCUCUUUCCUUAAUCAGUCAUAGGACUUCUAAUCAUGGAUUUGGGGUACUAAUUUUAUGAAUAAAAAAUGGAUGUAAUUGUUAAAGAUUUUCUCAUGCUAAAUCUUUUUCUUAGUAUAUUUCUCGAAUGCAGCCUAUUAAUUUUAUCGACUUUAAUAAGAUUUUAUUAUAAAGUGAUAAAUAUUUCUUUAUUU